AGCACUCUGUAGCCUCCAUUUCUACGUCUUUUUAAUAGUAGCUUUGAGGUUUCUUUAGGCUGGUAUUCAGCUUUGUGUUGUCGGUUUUGUGGUCAUGCAAUCAGUGAAGAAAGCGACGUCUCUCUCCCUCUCUCUGUGCGCGUUUGUGUGUGUGUACAAAUAAGGAGCAAUGUGUAACGCUUUACUUUUUAUGAGUAACGAUCCCAGCACUGGUGAGGAGUGUGCACACACAUGAAGCCUAUCAGCUUCAGUAUGAAAACAUCGAAUCGCGGAAGAAUAGUAACAAUAAAGCUAAACAAUAAAGCGAGACUCGGGUUUGGAUUACACAAUGUAUUAGUGACACAAAGAAAGCGCAACAUAGGAAAAUGUAAUCACUAAGGCCAAUGCGAGAACACUGAUCAGAAGAAUAAAAAAUUAAUUAUUUCUUAAAUAAUUAUAUGACCUUAUAUAUUUUGCAAAAGAACUAAAGAAAUUACAUUACUGAGUAUUACCGAGUAUUCAGUAUCAGUACCCGACUCAAAUGUUUUUGAGUCGGGUUUGUUUUCCCACAGCUGGUGGCGGUAAUGCACCAAUUCAUAGUUUUCUAACCAAGACGAAUUUCAAGUAAGUUUAAAAAGAAGAAGUGCUGUAUGAAACUUGUGCAAAGCUAUGGUUAGGUGUGGAACGCUUGUAGUAACUGCAGGGCUGUUGUCACGCAGUAAGGCUUGUUAAAUUGAAACUGAAGCGCUUAUACCCAUUCUUAUUAAAGUUAAAGCUGAUUAAAGUUAAUUGGAUAGAUGGGUUAGUGAUUUGAUAGAUUGCGCUCAGGCUAAGUGGUUAGACAUAGUGAUAAUGACCUUUUUGACUUUAUAAGCGUGACUUAUUGAAUACAAUAAACAUGCUUCACAAGUGGAAGAGUCUCUAUUUACAACCGUGCACAGGUCUAUAUGAACACAUAAUUCUUGGAUCAGUGCCUGCCUUUUAUUCUAGAGCCAAAUUCAAGAUAGUCAUUUUAGAGAUAAUUGUUUAUUUUUUAGUGUUAAUGUGUUAAUAUUUUGCAGACUGGUUAAAAUCUCAUCGUUUCAGAUCAGCAUAGUUAUUAAUAUAAUAUAUUUUGGGUUGAAAUGUCCAAAAUGCAACUUCCUUUUAAACAGACAAGAACUUAACCGUCACAGGCUUUGCACAACUGCAGGGGUGCGGCCAAAAAAAGACAAAAAACACAAAACAACAAAAAAAACACAGAAAGUCUUGUUUUUUUCUUCCACCUUCACUUGUUUCAACUUAACCCACUCCAACUGUGCCUUGUCAGUUUGAAGGAGACGUACAACAAAACUAAGAGCAUUUAACUAACACAGCGCUUAUGAAGAUUUGAAGAUGUUUUUGUCACUGGCUUCCAUCCUCUCUUUUUUGACUGUUUUUAUUCCUGUCGCACAUUCUGGAAAAAUUCUGGUAUUUCCACAUGAUGGAAGCCACUGGGUGAACAUGAGAGUACUUGUUGAAGAGCUCCAAUUGCAGGGACACAAUGUGACAGUGAUUCGGAAUGCAGACAGCUGGUACAUCAGUAAAACGUCUCCACAUUACAAUGUAAUCACAGUGGAUGUUGAUGGUGGUGGAAAUGAAGAUUUUUUUCGUGCAUUUGUCUCUGAGGUUAUUAAAAUUAAGCGAAGCAUGGGGUCUGCAUGGUCUCACUUUGCUUUACAAAUGGAGUUAAAAGACAAAUUCUAUGAACUGCACAAAAAAGUCUGUGAAGUGAUUGUGUUCAUCUUUGAAAAUGAAGAUUUAAUGAAGUCCUUAAAAGAUGCCAAGUAUGAUGUGGUUUUGACAGAUCCUGCUAAUGGCGGAGGAGUGUUGCUGGCACAUUACCUUGGCGUGCCAUUGGUGUUCAAUGCUCGAUGGACUGUUCAUGGUGAGGCCCACUUUGCUAUUGCACCCUCUCCACUUUCCUAUGUUCCACUAUCACCUUCAGAGUUAACGGAUCACAUGACCUUCUUUGGGAGGGUCCAGAACAUGUUAUUUUACAUCACGAGAAUGCAUCUGUACAAGCAAAUAGUUGAACCACAUUAUUCUGUAUUGUCAAAUCGCUACAUUGGACCAGGUGUGCAUUAUUUCUCCCUUUUUCAAGCUGCAGAUUUGUGGCUAAUGAGAGUGGACUUUGUUUUUGAGUUUCCACGACCCACCAUGCCUAAUGUUGUUUAUAUGGGAGGUUUCCAGUGUAAACCUGCAAAACCUCUUCCACAACACUUAGAGGAGUUUGUGCAGAGUUCUGGAGAUCAUGGAGUUAUCAUUAUGUCACUAGGGUCUUUGAUUGGAGAACUUCCCUCUGACUUAGCUGAAGAGAUUGCUGCAACUUUUGGCGAGUUACCUCAGAAAGUGAUCUGGAGGUAUAAAGGUAACAAACCAGCCCUUCUAGGCAACAAUACAUUAUUAGUCGACUGGAUGCCACAAAAUGACCUGCUAGGACAUCCAAGUAUUAAACUAUUUGUAAGUCAUGGGGGAACUAAUGGGAUUUAUGAGGCUAUAUAUCAUGGGAUUCCAAUAGUUGGCAUUCCCAUUAUUUUUGAUCAAGCUGACAACUUAUCCCGAAUGAAAGCAAAAGGUGUUGCGAAGGUUUUGGAUGUUUCAGAUUUCGACAGGAAAAUAUUUAAAAAUGCAAUACAGGAAGUCCUUAAUGAACCAUCCUACACAAUAAACAUGCAGAGGCUCUCCAGGCUACACAGAGAUCAGCCAAUGAAGCCACUGGAUCGUGCUAUCUUUUGGAUUGAGUUUGUCAUGAGACAUAAAGGUGCAGCUCAUCUAAGGACUGAGUCCUACAAACUGCCCUGGUAUUUCUACUACUCUCUAGAUGUCAUAUUAUUUUUACUAACAAGUGCACUACUUACAUUGGUUUUUUUUGUCAUGUUACUAUGGUUUUGUUUUAGAUUGUGCUUGAAAAGAAAAGCAAAAUUGGACUAAAAGUCAUUUUCAUAUGUUGAUACAUUGUUACAGCACAGUCAGAUUGGCUGUGGUUAGUAAAACUGAUUUCUUUCUCAGUCAUUCCCAGUUUGCCAGAAGUACUGUCUCAGCCAGUCCCAGUGUUCAUACUGCUGCACCCAAAAUCUUCUCUAGCCCAUCUUUACUUGAGUUGAUCAUCAUAUAAGUCAUCAUAUAAGUUAACUGUUUUUCAUAUUUCUUUAUUAUAAAGAUCAGUAGUGGUUUGCACAUUUGUCUAAAACACGAUCCCUGGUUCAAGAGCGGUAGGAGAUACAUCCGGCAUAAAAAUCUGCCAAAUCAAAUAUGUGCAAAUAUGUAUGCAAAUAUACAUAUCCUGUAUGCUUAUUUUACAUGACCUCCUGUAGUCUUCUGAAGUACCUUCGUGGGCCAUCAGGUGGUGCUGGCUACACUUUGGGAAUCACUAAGAAAAAAAUCUACUUAUCUGUAUAUUUUUCUGAUAGGAUUAUUUAUAACAUGUAUGGAUUUUCCAAAUCAGAAAAAAACACACUUGAGGACUGUGGACCACAAAACUAGUUACCUUCGUUUUUGUAUGAAUUUA